UGAGAACCUUAUCGAUAAAUUUUAUUACGAAAUGCUAUAAACUUAUCACCACAAUAUUUCAAUUUCUGUUCCAAUAUCUGCUUUCAAAUCUGAACAAUGAAGACAUUGUUCCUGUUGUUAAUAAUUUACAAUUUACAAAAUGUUGUAUUUUCGGACGAUGCCGCAACAAUUAUAUACAAGUCGUAUCCGAAAAAAGUCCACCCUGAUCGAGAUAACUUUAAAAUAAUUAAUGAAGGAUCGUAUUACAAAAAAAAGAACCAAGGCAAACCAUUCACGAGGUUCCCACCACCGGUGCCCCAAUGGCCGGCCAAACAAAAGAAGUUCGACUCUCUCCCGGAGGACAGUAAUUGGUUCCCACUUGAUUUCAAUGGAGGCCUCACGAGCAGGGUCAAAAAACUUCCAUAUUUCAAAGACUCACGGAGGAGUAAGAGGGGUGCCAACGAAUCGAAGUCCGAAGUCACGACAAAAGCGAGCGAAACUCAAACUACUGAAGUAUCCAAACCCAAGGAAAAUGUACCAACCGUCGCCAGUACCCCAAAAAACGCUUCUAUAGCUCGUAGGUCAGGGGUAGCUAAGAACUCCAAGGUUUCAGCUAAAUUCCGGGCGGCAAGACGAGGACGAUCGAAGAAGUCCGCAAGACAGGGUGGCGUAGGAAAAUCAGCGCGACUUCUUCGGACUUUCGGAAAGAAAAAUUUGAACGGUAAACGUGGUAUGCGUAAACGCAAGCCCCGGUCUCGCGUCUUGAGAACCGGUAAUGAUAAAGCACCCAAAGAAAAAGCUGACAAUGAAAAAACGCUCAAGGAAAAGGCCGGCAAUGACAAAAAAACUAAGGAAAAAACUGGCAAUAACAAUCCCCCGAAGGCAAAAUCUGGGAAUGACAAAACACCCAAGGAAAAAUCUGCCAAUGACAAAGCAUCCAAGGUAAAAGCGGGUAAUGACAAAGUACCUAAGGAAAAAGCUGCUAAUGAAAAAGCUGCCAAUACUAAGCAAGUUCAAUCCCUGAAAGGAAACGCUGGCAAGCAAGCUGGAAAGGCCGACGCAAAACGCCGUGCUCCGUCCAAACGUAAUCCCAAAGCGCGCCGGCCGGUGGCGAGUCGGCGACUGAUCUCCGCGCGCGACGCCGACCCAGAGGACUACCCUUACAUGGUGUCGAUCCAGAAAGACAACGAGCACUGGUGCUCCGGCGCUAUCCUCAACCCGCAGCUCAUUAUAUCCACCGCCAACUGCUUUUGGAAGUCUAAAGCUGUAAGUCGGAUGAAAAUCCGCGCUGGCUGUCAAAGCAUCGACACGGGAGGACAGAUAGCGUACAUCGCCGAGGUGCGGAAACACCCCAACUGGAGCAUUCGCAAGUUGCCUGAGAACGAUAUUGCGCUGGCGUUACUGGACAGAAAACUCAGGUUCUCAGACGCUGUCCACGGGGUGGAUCUGCCCAACAAAGCGAUGGGACCUCCGUUCGAUGACGUUUGGGUCACCAGCUAUGGCGCUGAAAGGCGCGACGGCGUGUUCAGCCGACUGCGGCUGACGCUGCAGGUGGUGUACAUGCGGUUGAUGCCAACAGGCAAGUGCGCGGAGAUCACCAAACGGUUCGGCGUCGCGCUCCACGAAAGCUUCUUCUGCCUUGAGCAGCUCGGACGCCGCGCGCCAUGCACCCGUGACACCGGCGCACCAGCGGUGAGCGACGGCGUCCUCUGGGGCUUGGCGUCCUGGGGCAUUCGGAAGUUAUGCGGCACGAAGCGGUUCCCCGCAGUUUUCUCGUAUGUGGCCAAUGAGCUCAACAUUGACUUCAUCGUGAACGCCACCUCGGAGAUGAUGGGCGAGGAGCGCAAGAGCCCGUUCCUGGACCGCCCGCCCAUCCACCCCCGCAAGCCCAUCGUGCUGCCCGGCGAGAAACUACCAGAAAUACCUAUAUAUUAGCUUGGUAUACAUUCUAAGGCAUUCGUA